AUGGUGUCAGCUCAACAAAACACCACUAAUACAACAGUAGCGAGCACAACGUCGUCAUCCACAACUAUGGUGACAACAACAACUAAUGCUCAUCCGAACGCCGCGGUCAAUCAACUCUGUCCUGAAAAUCCUGGUACGACCGACAGGGUUAGAGUACGAGCACUGGUAGGACAUAACUAUCGCAGGUCUCAACUUGCUCGAGGAAGGGUGAGAGCGCGAGGAGGUAGAAGAUUGCCAAAAGCAGCUAAUAUGAGGAGAAUGCGGUACGAUUGUGCACUAGAAACCUCCGCCAGGCAAUCUGCGGAGAGGUGUGUGAGAACUCCGUGGCCUCAGCUCCCAGCAGGAGUACAGGAGAACAUCUUUAAAUUUUAUCGAGGGCGAGCAAGAUACCGUAGACGUGCGAUCAAAAUUGCUAUAAGACACUGGUGGAGACAAGUACACUUACAUGGCAUUGGACCUAAGGUCUACUUCAGAAGAAGAUUCGUCGGGCAACCAAUCGCAAUGUUCACCAGA